GCCAAUCAGAGGAGCGGCGCUGUUUUGACGCAUAUUUUGAAUCGGACAGAAACGGUUACGCGCACGAUCGGAGUGCAAAGACUGUACAGUGAAAUAUUCCUUUAUAAAAUACAAAUAAACAGCGAAGAGCCUUGUCUUGGGGCGAGGAUGAGGAAGAGUGAGUUGAUUGCUGCAGAAUCGGUGGCAUGUCUGAAUAAAGCUCUCUGCCAUCUAAAGGACAUCUGGGAGGAAAUUGGCAUCCCUGAGGAUCAGCGAUUAGAAAGGACAAAUGUGGUUAAGAAUCAUGUCAAAAGUCUUCUGGACAUGAUGAUUGCUGAGGAAGAGAGUCUGCGGAAACGUCUGACCACCAGUAUUGAGAAAUGUCAAAAUGAGAUGAGUAAAUUGUGUUUGGAACUGCAGCUUCCCCCAUUUCAGGAGGACAGAAGCAGCACUAUGCUACAGCAGGAAAAAGACCUCCGGACAUGUCUUGAAGUGAUGUUAAAGGAGAAAAAUCAGAGAAUGCAAGUGCUCAAAGCAUUAACCGAGCAGGAUCAGGAUCUCUGUGACCUCCUCUGCUUCCAGCCGUUUUCUAUCUCUGCUGAUUCUGUUCCGUCCCUGGAACAGCUGGAGAAAUUCCAGCAACACAUCUCCUCUCUCACUGCUGAGAAAGAACGAAGACAUAAGGAAUUUGUCACAUUGAAGAAGCAAAUAAUACUUUGCAUGGACGAUCUGGAUCAGUUGCCUGAGACUAGUUUUGAAAAGGAUGUCGUAUGUGAAGAUGAAGAGAGUUUUUGCUUGUCUAAAGAAAACAUUGAUUCACUCAAAGUCCUCCUUCACCAGUUGGAGAGCAGAAAGGCAGAGAAUGAACGUGUCUGUGGCUCUUAUCGGGAGAAGAUCCAUGAACUAUGGGAAAGGUUGCAGAUUCCACAGGAAGAGCGUGAUGCAAUUUCUGAACACAUGACCCUGUCAAAGAAAAGAAAUAUGGAAGCUUUACAAGCUGAGGUCAAACGUCUUGAGGAACUGAAGAUUAAAAAUAUUCAGAAUGUUACUGAGGCCAUUCGGAACGAGAUUGUGGUCUUCUGGGAUAAGUGCUUUUAUAGCACUGACCAACGGCAAGCUUUUGUGCCCUAUUAUGAUGAUGAUUUCAGUGAGGAGCUCCUGAGCUUGCAUGAUGCAGAAAUAGUGCGGCUUAAACAGUAUUAUGAGGAUCAUAAAGAUCUUUUUGAAGGUGUUCACAAAUGGGAGGAAGGCUGGAGACUUUUCUUAGAGCUUGAAGAAAAAGCCAAAGAUCCAUCCAGAUUCACCAACAGAGGGGGAAACCUUCUAAAGGAGGAGAAACAACGGGCUGAUCUGAUCAAAGGUCUCCCCAAGCUUGAGAAGAAGCUGAAGGCUGAGAUUGAACAGUGGGAACAUGAACAGAACAGAGAAUUCCAGGUCAAUGGUCAGAAGUUCAUGCAGUUUGUUACUGAUCAAUGGGAGACGUACCGGCUGGAGAAAGAGCGGGAAAAACAGGAGCGGCAACUAAAGAAGAGCAAGCAGACAGAGGAGGACAUGGUCUAUGGCACUGUGAUCCGGACACCGACUAAACGAAGAUUUCUGGGCAGCACAACACCUUGUAAAGCUCGAAAGCUAAACGCUACCUCCAGUACUGGCACUUCUAACAGCACUAUCCGAUCUGUCUUUGGUGGUACUGUAUGUCAUUCUCCUAUAUCGCGUCCUCCAAUUUCAGCAAGCAAGCAGGGUAAUGUGAAGACUCCAGGCCAUGGCAAACCUCCUCAUCAAGGUUUGCUAGAACGCAAUAAGGAGAAUAUCUGUCAUCUAACUGGUGGCGUGGCUGGGAUGACGAAGGUACCAGCUAGUCCACAGCGUAACUUCAGCAUUAACUCCGUCGCAAGCACCUAUUCAGAAUUUCAGCGAGACCUCUCCAAGUCAUCUAAAUCAAAACACGUACCUGAAAUCCUGAACUCAACCAUCAUUCAGCUUUAACUCUACUGUAUGGAACACUUUGUGCUAUUAGGACUGGGAUCUUUAGAUGAUGGCUUAUGGGUUCUUGUUCUUUAUAGCUUUGGCUAUGCAUUUUAUAUGUAAAUGAAGGUAAUAUAUAUUUAAAUGUCUCUUCGUGGGAUUCUACAUGUAUGUUCACUUUAACACUAGGACAAGCACUGCUUUAUAUGUACUUGUAAUGUAACAAAUGAAUGUGCAUUUUAAUGCUACAACUGCUCAGCUCUUCCUAACAAAUUAAGACUUUUAAAAAAAUUAAAAGUACUAGUUAUUUCUUAUUAUUGGCAAUAUUGUCAAUCACAAUGUAUUUUAAAGUUGCUUUUGAAUGUUUUGCACAAUGUAAAAAUAAAAACUUUACUGCAUUCUUUAUUAUAUUGUACAAUUCACUACAUUACAAUUCACUUUUGAA